GUGGACAACCAUGAGUGCUGCCAUCACCAUCGCCCUUCUCCUGCUCUCCACAACUUUUGUUGAGUCGUUGAAGUCUCGGAAGGACCAAACUGAGGAGAAGCAUUUUCCACAGAAGUUACAGAAACAUGAAAACAAGAAAGGCAACCACAACAAAGAGGAGAUUCUGUCGGAUGAAGUUUUUCCAGGCUCCUGCCCUACAUGCAAGAUUAUUGUGUCCAAAGUGCAGAAGGAGAUUGGAAAUGAUAAAUCAAAGGAAAAAAUCAGGAGGCUGUUGGACGGUGCCUGCAAUAAACUGAAAUUCAGUCUCCUAAGGUCGGCCUGCAGAAAGAUCUUGAAAACAGUAAAAAACAAGUUGAUUAACGCCUUGACCAACGGCAAGUCUGCCAGGACCAUCUGUACUAAUCUGAAACUCUGCAAGGCCACCUUUUUAUAGCUACAGCGGUCUGAAGAACCUGUGAUACUUCAACUUUUUGUGUUAAUAACAUAAGCCUGUGUUCAUAUUUUCUUUUUUUUGCCGUCCCAAUAAAAAAACAUAUUUUUACUUUGAUGUCCUUAGUUUUCUUAUACAUAUACGUAUUAUGCGACUCUUAUUCUGUCAGCUAUAGACUAGAUGAAAAUUAAAAUAGUUGCUUUUGAGUGUGCAUACUGGAAGCAUAUUGCCUAAUUAGUCAUCACCAUAAAGCAUGACUGUCUUCUGUAACUACUAAGCUAUUAACAAAGCAAUUGACUCUACUGAUUAGAAUUAUUUUACCAUCUUAUUUUACCCAUAAUGUGUCCUGUUUACUUGCAACAAA